AUGAUGAAAUCAAAAUUAAGUCGCGUUUCUAUAAUUUUAUUCAGUAUUUUAGCCGUUCUCAGCGCAGCCGAGAGCACAGUGAAUCAUUACUGUCCGUAUUUUAAGAACAGAGCGCCGUCGCCUCAGAGUAACCUUGAGAACUGCAAAUGGUUCAGAGAUAAUGCUUGCUGUUUGAACCACGAAUUGCGCGAUAUAUUCUCGGCUAUUACGACACCUUUAAAAGCUGCAAGCGAAGAGUGUUCAAAGCACACGAGUUACUUAAUGUGCUACGUUUGCGCACCGAACCAAGAGACGUUUUACGAAGACGAAAGACUAACACUUUGCGAAGAGUUUUGCGAUCGUUGGUAUACCUCUUGCCAGAAUGCAAUAUGGAAAGGAUUUAUUGUCAAAGAUUUGUACAAUUCUAGCGCAGAAUUCUGCAAAGCAAGAAAGUUUUUAGUCGCAUCAAAGGACGAUAAACUCAGAGGCUGUUAUACGUUAACAUUAGAUGAAAAUUCAGCGAGUUUUUUAAAUAUGAAUAAACUGGUAUGGAUUGUUGUUUUGACUGUCGCUAUAUGGACGGGCGCUUCUUGA